AUGGCCUCUACACGGCAUGAUGCCGCCGAAGAUGUGAAGCCCAGGGUACCACACGAAGGUAGCCGACCAGAGAUUGCUGCCAGCCACACGCGCCCAGCGUCACAUCCAUGCGCAAGAGCAUCAGAACCAGGGGCCAAGGCGUUCGAGGAGGAUGUAGCAGCUGAGCACGUGGAUGAUGGAGAGCAGAUGCAACGCCAGGUGGAGAUGGCCCGUGUCAUUGCCAGCCUAAAGCUGACCAGACCCGAGAUUCUGCGCACAACGUCAGCACACAAUGUCUUACAUCGCUUUGGCUUCGUCCUGCGCAAAGGUCCGUACUCUACGGAAUACGAGAGGAGUUCGCAAAGCCAGGAGAUCGCACAGUUUUGGUCACACUCGUGGCAUGGACCGGUGUUGGCCAAGAUCAUGCUGCUGUACGUUGUCUGUAAUGGCUUCCCAGCAGCUGCGAUGGGCACGAUAAGCAUAGCAGUUGCGAAGACGUUGGCAUGGCACUGUGUUUUGCCGUGCGAUGACAGGGCUUUGGAAGCAACGCUGUGUCUAUUCAUUGGCUUGCUCGUCUCCGGCUUGACUCUGGCGUUCUGGAGACCGAGCAGGAGGAUUUUCUUGGACAAGAUCUGCAUCAACCAAAAGGACGUAGACCUUCGGACGGAAGGCGUCCUUAACGUCGGUGCUUUUCUGAAAUGCUCCAAGUCGAUGCUUGCGUGCUGGGAUGCUACCUAUAUGCAGAGGCUUUGGUGUGUGCUGGAAAUGGCUGCAUUUUUGACAAGUCACAGCAGCAGCGCGGAGUUGGACAUCAAGCCGGUCCAUGCAGGGCCCUGCGUCAUCAUUUCCUUCGCUUGCAUCUCCGUCUUCCUGAUGCUGCUGAAUCCAGCUUUGGACUUCAUGGUCAGCUGGGUUGGCAGCGAUGUAUGGUUUUAUCUGCUGAACGCCGUCACGACACUGCCGAUCAUCACCGUGUGCUUGUCUUUGGCCACUGCAGCCCUGCGGAUGUACUUCCGGGAUGUUGAAGCGGUGAGGGAGCAGCUGCGGAGAUUUUCCUUCCAGAGGGACCCUGACUGCGCCUGUUGUGCGCUGAAACACGUCCAUCCGAGCAGCGGCCGUGCUUUGAACUGUGACAAAGAAACCCUUGGGCAAAGUAUUCGCUUAUGGUUCGGCUCCGUAGAUGCUUUUGACACCUUUGUUCAGCAAGACGUGCUGUUUGCCUUCAACAAGACUUUUGCGAGCUACGGCUUGCCGUACUCAUGGCUAGCUGGAGCCACCGUACCAGUGGUCUGGUGCGGAGUGGCCUACUACAUACCGCAAGACGACGCAUUUUCCGGGAACUUGUUGCCAGAGUUUUCGACGGUGAUCUGGUUACUGUGCUGGUGGCUGGCAUACAUCCCAAUCAUGGUGCUUCUCUGGAUGAAGGUUGUCUAUGCGUUCCGGGCACGUCGAAGCUACCAAGUUUCUGAGGUGCUGACAAAUGUGGUAUGUGCCUUCUCCUUGGGAUUGCUGUACGGGGCCAUGAAUGCCCUGGAUGGUCUGAUAUACACCGGGCUCGAUCAUCUUUUUCAACGCCCUGUUCGCUCUCAAGGUGCAGAACUGGUUGUUGCAACGAUACAGCUCAUCAUCGUGAGCGGGUUUCUCCACUGUGGUUGGGGGAGGAUCUGUCUGUCGCUGCCAGGGGUAAGGAAGGCACAGGGAAGUGCAUAA